UGUGUAGCCUGGCUUCUAGCACAGGAUAGGGACUCAGCUCAUGGCUGUGGGCAGCUCUUUAUGUGUCUUUGGUGGUGUCCUUCUGUUGUGGGACCUUGUGUGGCUGUGGGCAUAGGUCCUGUGGAAAUGCGGGUCAUUGCAUGCUUGUGUCUGUAUGUGAUCAUCCUCUGAGUGUGUGUCCCCUGUGUGUGUAGCUGUGCAUGGGUGUGGCCUUCAGCAGCCACCCCCAGCUAACCUGGCUGAUGCCCACCAGGACCCUCCCCUCGGCACCGCCUGGAGCCCAUGGACACCAUCUUUGUGAAGAAUGUGAAGGAUGGUGGCCCCGCCCACAGGGCAGGGCUUCGCACAGGAGACCGGCUGGUGAAGGUGAAUGGGGAGAGCGUCAUUGGGAAGACAUACUCCCAGGUCAUAGGUCUGAUCCAGAACAGUGAUGACACCCUGGAGCUCUCUAUCAUGCCCAAGGAUGAGGACAUCCUCCAGCUGGCCUACUCCCAGGAUGCCUACCUGAAGGGCAACGAGCCGUAUUCUGGAGAGGCCCGCAGCAUCCCAGAACCACCUCCACUCUGCUACCCACGGAAGUCCUAUGCCCCGCCAACCCGGGCCUCUGCCUGGGCCACUGUGGUGCCUGAGCCCAUGUCAGCACUGCCCACGGAUCCCCGGAGUCCUGCUGCCUGGAGUGACCCAGGGUCCCGUGUCCCAUCUGCCACCCGUGCCCAACUGGACAACUCUUUAUUGGGGAUGAGCCAGCCCCGCCCAAGCCCUGGUGCCUUUGCCCACCACCCUUCAGAGUCCCGGACGCCGCGUGCCUUCCCAGAGCCCGGUAGCCGGGUGCUCCCCAGCAGACUGGAGUGCCAGCAGGCCCUGUCACACUGGCUGUCAAAUCAGAUACCCCGCAGGGCGGGGGAGAGACGGUGCCCAGCCAUGCCACCCCGGGCCCGCAGUGCCUCCCAGGACCGGUUGGAGGAUGUGACUGCCCACCACCCAUGGCCCUGCUCCACCUCCCAGGAUGCCUUGAGCCAGCUGGGCCAGGAGGGUUGGCACCGAGCUCGCUCAGACGAUUACCUGAGCCGGGCUACCCGCUCUGCUGAAGCACUGGGGCCCGGAGCGCUGGUGUCACCUCGCCUUGAACGCUGUGGUUGGGCUCCCCAGCGUCCGUCUGCCCGAACCUCUGCUUGCCCUUCUCGGGACCUUCCAGGGUCCCAGGCCCCUCCCCCGUCUGGCCUGCAGGGUCUGGAUGACAUUGGGUACAUCGGAUAUCGGAGCUAUAGCCCAUCAUUCCAGCGCCGGACUGGUCUCCUGCAUGCUCUCUCCUUCCGGGACUCACCUUUUGGGGGACUCCCCACCUUCAACUUGGCCCAAUCUCCUGCACCAUUCCCACCAGAGGCCUCUGAACCACCUAGAGUCGCCCGACCGGAACCUAGUACUCGAACCCUGGAGCCUCCCACAGAGGAUCACCGUGAUGAGGUGGUCCUGAGGCAGAAGCCUCCAACAGGUCGCAAGGUCCAGCUGACCCCUGCAAGGCAGAUGAACCUUGGAUUUGGUGAUGAGUCCCCAGAGCCAGAGACCAGAGGGGAACGCCCAGGCCGGAAGGUGGCCCCUUUGGCCACUACAGAAGACUCCUUGGCUUCCAUUCCCUUCAUUGAUGAGCCCACCAGCCCCAGCAUUGACCUCCAAGCCAAGCAUGUCCCUGCCUCUGCGGUGGUCUCCAGUGCCAUGAACUCAGCCCCUGUCCUGGGCACAAGCCCAUCUUCACCAACCUUCACCUUUGCCCUCAGCCGCCAUUACUCCCAGGACUGCAGCAGCAUUAAGGCAGGCCGUCGCUCUUCCUACCUACUGGCCAUCACCACAGAGCGCUCCAAGUCCUGUGACGACGGACUCAACACCUUCCGUGAUGAGGGCCGAGUGUUCCGGCGCCUUCCCAACCGGGUACCCAGCCUACGGAUGCUACGGAGCUUUUUCACUGAUGGGUCUCUAGAUAGCUGGGGCACCUCUGAAGAUGCUGAGGCCCCCUCUAAGCGACACUCCACCUCUGACCUCUCCGAUGCAACCUUCAGUGACAUCAGGCGAGAAGGCUGGUUGUGUUAUAAGCAGAUCCUCACCAGGAAGGGGAAGAAAGCGGGCGGCGGCCUGCGCCAGUGGAAGCGUGUCUAUGCUGUGCUGCGGGCACGCUCGCUCUCGUUGAGCAAGGAGCGGAGGGAGCCCGGGCCGGCGGCUGCGGGGGCUGCGGCGGCCGGCGCAGGUGAGGACGAGGCGGCGCCCGUCUGCAUCGGCUCCUGCCUGGUGGACAUCUCCUACAGCGAGACCAAGAGGAGGCACGUGUUCCGGCUGACCACCGCUGACUUCUGUGAAUAUCUCUUUCAGGCUGAGGAUCGGGAUGACAUGCUGGGCUGGAUCAGAGCGAUCCGGGAGAACAGCAGGGCCGAGGGCGAGGACCCCGGCUUUGCCAACCAAGCUCUGAUCAGCAAGAAGCUUAAUGAUUAUCGGAAAGUGAGCCAUAGCUCUGUGCCCAAAGCCGAUUCCUCCCCUAAAGGCUCUCGGGGCCUGGGAGGCCUCAAGUCUGAAUUCCUCAAGCAGACUGCAGUCCGCGGCCUCAGGACUCAGGACCAGCCUGCAGGAAGCAAGGAAGACAGUGCUGCAGCACCCAAAACCCCCUGGGGUAUCAACAUCAUCAAGAAGAACAAGAAGGCUGCCCCAAGGGCGUUUGGGAUCCGGUUGGAAGAGUGCCAGCCUGCUACUGAGAACCAGCGGGUCCCCCUGAUCGUGGCUGCCUGUUGUCGUAUUGUGGAGGCGCGGGGGCUAGAAUCCACUGGCAUCUACCGGGUCCCUGGCAACAACGCCGUGGUGUCUAGCCUGCAGGAGCAGCUCAACCGUGGGCCCAGCGACAUCAACCUGCAGGAUGAGCGCUGGCAGGACCUCAAUGUGAUCAGCAGCCUGCUCAAGGCUUUCUUCCGAAAGCUGCCGGAACCCCUCUUCACCGACGACAAAUACAAUGACUUCAUCGAGGCCAAUCGGAUAGAAGACUCCAGGGAGAGGAUGAAGACUCUGCGGAAGCUGAUCCGGGAUCUCCCAGGACACUACUAUGAAACGCUAAAAUUCCUCGUGGGCCAUCUCAAGACCAUUGCAGACCACUCAGAGAAAAACAAGAUGGAGCCCCGGAACCUGGCUCUGGUCUUCGGGCCAACGUUGGUAAGGACAUCUGAGGACAACAUGACAGACAUGGUGACCCACAUGCCAGACCGCUACAAGAUCGUGGAGACGCUGAUCCAGCACUCAGACUGGUUCUUCAGUGAUGACGAGGACAAAGGAGAGAGAACCCCUGUUGAUGACAAGGAGCCACAGUCAGUGCCCAACAUCGAAUACCUCCUGCCCAACAUUGGCAGGACAGUGCCCCCCAGUGAUCCAGGCUCAGAUUCCACCACCUGUAGUUCAGCCAAGUCCAAGGGUUCGUGGGUCCCCAAGAAAGAGCCUUACGCCCGGGAGAUGCUGGCGAUCUCCUUCAUCUCUGCGGUCAACCGCAAACGGAAAAAGCGGCGGGAGGCGCGGGGCCUGGGCAGCAGCACCGAUGAUGACUCCGAGCAGGAGGCACACAAGGCUGCGGCGGCGGGGACGCAGGAGCCACCCGAGGAGCAGCUGCCCGGCCCCGCAGCCGUGGAGGCCCCCGGUCGCCUCAGCCCCCCGACGGCACCCGACGAGAGGCCUGCGGCGGACACGCGCUCCAUCGUCUCGGGCUACUCCACCCUGUCCACCAUGGACCGCAGCGUGUGCUCGGGCACGGGCGGGCGGCGCGCGGGCGCGGGCGACGAGGCGGACGACGAGCGCAGCGAGCUGAGCCACGUGGAGACGGACACGGAGGGCGGCGCGGGCCCCGGGGGGCGCCUGGCGCGCCGGCCGUCCUUCAGCUCACACCAUCUUAUGCCGUGCGACACGCUGGCGCGCCGUCGCCUGUCUCGCAGCCGCGCGGAUGGAGAGAGUCCGGGCGCGGGCACGGCCCGGGCGGGUCCCCGCGGUCCCGAGCCCCCGGGCUCCGCGUCGUCCAGCAGCCAGGAGUCGCUUCGGCCCCCGGCGGCCGCCCCGGCGCUCGGAUCACGACCGUCGCGCGUGGAAGCCCUGCGGCUGCGUCUCCGCGGCACCGCCGACGACAUGCUGGCGGUGCGGCUCCGGCGCCCGCUGUCGCCAGAGACCCGGCGGCGCCGGAGCAGCUGGCGCCGCCACACGGUGGUGGUGCAGAGCCCGCUGACCGACCUCAACUUCAACGAGUGGAAGGAGCUGGGCGGAGGGGGCGCCCCGGAGGCCGCGGGCGCUCGACCGCACAGUGACAACAAGGACUCUGGCCUCAGCAGCCUGGAGUCCACCAAGGCACGGGCUUCAUCCGCCGCCUCGCUGCCAUCGGGGGACCUAGGGAACCUGCAGGGCCUGCCCCCGCGCCGCUCGGCCGCCGCCCGCCUCCACCAGUGUCUGUGACACCCUGUCCGGUGGUCGGGUGGGGAGGAAGAGCGGUGCUGGUGCCGCGGGCUGGAGUUUGGUGGGAUGGGCAGAGGAGAGUCGAAGAGGGAGUCUUCAGAAGAGGGGAGGGGCUGCUGGGAUUCAUGUCCCUUGGAUAAAGGACUGAGUGGCCCUUUUCUGUGAGUCCACUUAGGGACCCUUGUUGACAAUGGAGUGUGUGGGUGGACCGCCCAAGUUUCAUACUGAAGGAAAGAUAGAGCCGGAUUUUUGUGUCUGUCCUCUGCCCGUCUCUCACCCCCAUUAGCUCCUAGCCAAGGAGGGGAGGAUGAAUGUUUGGGGAGCGGAUGUGUAGGGUUGGAUGUCCAUGGGAGAGGGGGCUUGUGUGUGUGAGUGUGUGUAGUCACUGUGCAAAGGUGUUUCCAGUAGCAAUUUGCCCCAACCCGUUCACUUCCCCACCUGUCCCGAAGCCAGGACCUUUGGUGGGCACCUUAUCCCCAAGCUUGUCAGAGCCUGAGACUGGGUUGAGGCCCCUUCCAGAGGCAGGACUGAACCCCGCCACUACCACGUCACUCCUCACACCCUUUGCCAACCUCCGAAGUCACCCCUCUAAGCUCUUUGACCUGUGGACCUGCCUGCUCCCCAGUCUUUGGAGUGUCCAGGACCCCCUGCAGCUGGCGCAUUCCUCCAUUUCACCCUCGUUCCACAGCUUAGCAUGAGACUCACCUUCUCCCUUCAAGGGAACAGUCAGGAAGAAGGCAUUGAUUUAGAGGGUCCCAGCUGGGCUGUUCUUGCGGGGUGGGUGGGACCCAGCCCCCCUUACCCCACAUUGUAAAUAAACCUUG